GGGCAGAGAGAAGCCAAGCGGGUCGGACACGGUCCCCGUCCCACCCGGAGACGGGAGAGCGGUUGGGAGACUGCCGCUGGGCUCGAAAGUCGUCGUGAGCAGGGAGCGUGCCGGUUAUUCCUGCACUGUCCUCUCCCCGGGACUCAGCGCAGCGCUCAUCACACAUAGGCGCUCAGUACGUACGACCGAGUGAAUGGCUACGACGGAGCGACGACGGCCGCCCGUCUCCUCGGAGAGCCCAGCCUCUCCCGUGUCCCACCCCCGCCGCGGAGGCCCGACGGCCGGAGGGUCGGCGCGGGUCGUGGGCCCGUCCGUCGAAGGGUCAGAGAGGCCGCCGCCGGUGAAGACGGAGGAGGAAGAGGAGGACCGCGGGGGAGGAUUCGGCCCGCGGGGGAACGGCGUCCCCGGCCGGGGAGCCCGGCGGUUCCGGUUCCGGGAGGCGUCGGGCCCCCGCGAGGCCCUGGGCCGCCCGCAGCAGACCCUCCAACCCUCGGUCCUGGACCGGUUCCUCGCCAUCCUGCCCGCGGAGAUCCAGGCCCGGGUGCGGUUCCGGCGCCCCGAGAGCGGCGAGGAGGCCGUGGCCCCGGUGGAGGGCUCGCACCCAGAGCCGGGUGGGACCGGGCCGCAGACGAGGUCGCCGAGACGCAGAAUAGCGAUAGUGAUCGUGGUGCUCGUCAAGCGCCCACUGCGUGCGAGGCACCGUCCCGAGCGCCGGGGCGGAGUCGAGCUCGUCGGGUCGGACGCAGCCCCCGUCCCACGGCCGGUUCCCCGUCUUAAACCUCCGUUUCACAGACGAGGUCGCUGAGGCCCGGGGAAGUGAAGUGACCCGCCCCGGGUCACCCAGCAGACGGAGCGGUGGGGAUGGGAUUAGGACCCAGAUCCGCAGGCCCGGCGGGGCGGGGGCGGAAUCGGGCGUUCCCGGGAAGA